CCAGACUACAUAAAUACAGUCAACUACAACCACUCCCAACCACAAUCAAUAAAUCAAUCUACCAAUCUACCAAUCCUCCAAUUUCCACAACAAGAAAGCAUAAUUGAACCAUCCAAAAUGUCCCCCCCAAAACAAACCUCAACCCUCUACGCCACCACCCUCCCCAUCCUCACCAGCAUCCUCAAAACCCUCCUCCACCUCCUCCGCACCGCCGAACGCACCCAUCCCAACCCAUCCUCCCUCCUCCUCAACUCCCGCCUCCAUCCAACCAUGUACCCCCUCACCGACCAAAUCCGCCUCGUGACAUCGAACUCCGUCCGUCUCUACGCCCGUCUCACCAACCACCCCGAGGCAGACACUCUCCCUACAACCUUCCUACCAGAGGGUAACCCGCAAUCCUUGGCGGAGUGCUACGAGCGCAUCGAUAAAGUACUGGAACUUCUGAAAGAUGCCGAUACCGAUGUGGUGAAUGCCAAUGCCGAGACGGUCAAGCCUGCGCCCGCGGGACCCGGGGUCGAGAUCAAUGUGACGAAUGCGACAUAUGCGCAUACCAUGGUCCUGCCGAAUAUUUAUUUCCAUUUGAAUAUUGCGUAUGCGAUUGUGCGGAUGGAGGGCGUGGAGGUUGGGAAGAGGGAUUUGUAUGUUGGGUUUGGGGAGUUAUGGGCAUGAGUUUUGUUCUUAUUUGAUUUCAAUUGAGUGGUGUAUGUAUGUAUGAUAUUGGGUGUUUGGUUUAGUAGUUAGGUAGUUGGGAAUAGAUACGGAC